AUGAAUGAUGGUGGAGGUCCUCCGGUUUUCAAGAUUUGUGGACAAAUUCACCACCGCAUAGGUUCUUUGCUGCCACCGGAUGAUGAGCCUACCAAGUUCAUACAACUAUAUGUGUAUGAUACAUCGCACGAGGUGCAAAAUAGAAUUGCUUCUUUAGGGCAUCAUGACGCUAGAGGAUCGGAUCUAGAUCCUGCUAUUGUUCAGUCCCUAGCUGCCAUGCUUGAUCAACACAACUCAUUCGCGCAGCAGUUUCGGAUGGCGAGGGACCGGUUGGCAGAUGAUGAAAUAGAAGACUUUGUUAUUCGCAUAGUUGGCCCCAGAGAUGAUGAUCCGCCUCAGUACAGCUUACCAACUACGGAUCAGCUGGCUAUGUUAGUAGUUGGUGAUUUCAGUUACAAAGCCUUUGAGCGGGAUAUUAUUGUGCAGAAACAAGCAGGAGACCUUCAACAGAUUUCUGCUCUGCAUCCCGCUUUCAUGGCACUUCAAUAUCCUUUGUUAUUUCCGUAUGCUGAGCGCGGUUGGCAAGCUGGCGUUCUGUACGCUGGAGUCAUACAGACAAGAGCCAAUGCUCAUAUAAAAGUCAGCAUGCAGGACUACUACUGCUACAUGUUCCAUUAUAGGAAAGAUGAACCAAAUCCGUAUCUGUGUUAUGGUGCGCUCUCAGGUCAAGCUAAGGUGGAUGCUCGGGCCUGUGUAGAUGAAAACAGGUUACGGUACAUAGUAGAAAACCAAGCUGAUAUUAGAAUGGAAAGUAUCCAAGGAAUUUGUGAUGCAAUAAACAGAGGAUCCACAGAGGGCAGCGAGAUGGGGAAGAUGACCGUGCUACCGACGUCGCACACGGGUGGCAGACGUUACAUGAUACAAAAUUAUCAUGAUGGGAUCGCUAUUUGUCGAGAAUAUGGUCCUCCAGAUUUCUUCGUUACUUUCACAUGCAAUCCUAAAUGGCCUGAGAUCGCUGAGGCCAUCUUUGAUCCUGGACAAAAGCCAGUUGACAGGAAUGAUCUGAUAGUCAGGGUCUUUAAUAUGAAAUUAGAGGAACUUCUACAUGAUAUCAAAGCUGGUACAUCUUUUGGACCCUGCAAUGCAGUGCUCCACACUGUCGAAUUCCAGAAAAGGGGACUGCCACAUGCCCAUAUUAUUCUAUGGACUUCCACGGAUACAUCAAGUCCAACCGCAGCAAUGAUUGACAAAUAUGUCGCUGCAGAGAUACCUGAUCCAAAAAUAGAGCCACUUGGCUAUGCUCUCGUCUCUGAACAUAUGAUACAUGGCCCUUGUGGUAAAGACAACCCAAAAUGUCCCUGCAUGAAAAAGAAAAAAUGCUCAAAACAUUUUCCCAAGACAUAUGAGGCAGGCACUAUAGUUAACAAGAAUGGAUUUGCAGUGUACAAGAGACGAACAAAUGCACUUUUUGUUAAGAAAGGAGGCUUCCAGAUGGAUAAUAGAUGGGUUGUCCCAUAUAAUAUGGUGCUGCUCAAAAAGUACCAGGCACAUAUAAAUGUUGAAUGGUGCAAUAAAAUGACCUUCAUCAAGUACCUCUUCAAAUAUGUAACCAAGGGAGCUGAUUGUAGCAAAGCUUACCUACAGAGGGUUAAGAAAGGCUAG